UCCAGCGUCCUCACCCUGUCCAACACCGGUCAGUUAUGUCCAGCGUCCUCACCCUGUCCAACACCGGUCAGUUAUGUCCAGCGUCCUUACCCUGUCCAACACCGGUCAAUUAUGUCCAGCGUCCUCACCCUGUCCAACACCGGUCAGUUAUGUCCAGCGUCCUCACCCUGUCCAACACCGGUCAGUUAUGUCCAGCGUCCUUACCCUGUCCAACACCGGUCAAUUAUGUCCAGCGUCCUCACCCUGUCCAACACCGGUCAGUUAUGUCCAGCGUCCUUACCCUGUCCAACACCGGUCAGUUAUGUCCAGCGUCCUCACCCUGUCCAACACCGGUCAGUUAUGUCCAGCGUCCUCACCCUGUCCAACACCGGUCAGUUAUGUCCAGUGUCCUCACCCUGUCCAACACCGCUGGCAGUGGUCGGACUUCGUGGUCGUCCGGUGGGAAGCGUCCUGACGUGGUGGGCAGUGUCAUCCUUCAUGAUAAGGCCGACCUGUGGAAGUCGUCCUCAGGAUCUGUCCACUAUCACCACGGUCUUCAGGCCGGACACAACACCCUGAACGUCCUCUGUUCUCUCAGAGUCGCCCGAACACUCGUCCGCGGCGGCUUCGCAGACGUGUCGACAGCUGACGCUCGCGGCGCCGUUCUAUCCAACUACGUCCACUUCCUGACCACGCCCGGAUCGCACAAGGACACCUACGCAGAGUCCUUCCACCGCUCAUUCUUCGCAGACUGGCAGGACGUCAGGCCAACGGCGCCGACACAGGUCCUGACAUUCGCAGAGAAGCGCAGCAGACUGAAGCUAAGCUCCACCUUCCCUGACGGUCAGCUGGACGCCAUCGGCUGCAUUCCCAUGAUCCUCCCCUUUAUCCUCCUGUCGGCCUCAGCCAAUGAGGAUCAAGCGGUGUCGGCUGCAGUGGACUUCGUCAAACUGACCCACCCCCACCCUAAAGUUCCAGAGUAUGUGUCCAUCUACAGCCGGGCGCUGCACGCCGUGGUGGGCGGAGCCAGUGUUCGACAGCAGUCUGAGCACGCUCUGAGGACGCUGGGAGUCUGGGACACCUGCCAGGGAUAUGCCCACAAGGCCGCCAGGUUUCCGGUGUCGUCGGAUGAGCGCCUGCGGGUCCAUCAGAGCGCCGUUAGCUACCUGGGACUAGCGUGCUAUACCAAAGGAGCUCUGUGCAGCAUGUUCUACCUGGCACACGAGUUCCAUGACGACCCUGAAGGAGGAAUCCUGACCAACACCAACUGUGGAGGUGAGAACUGUAACCGUGGGGCGGCGCUUGGAGCGCUGCUGGGAGCCGGAGCGUCGUACGCCGGAGUGUCCAUCCCCCAGAGAUGGAAGGACCAACUGAGAGACGCCCAGGAGUUUGUACCUGACAUCAUAAAGGACCUGCAGCUGUGACAGCGCCCCCCAUGGAGACCAGGGGAACUGCAGCUGUGACAGCCCCCCCCCCCCCCCCCCCCCAUGGAGACCAGGGGACCUGCAGCUGUGACAGCCCCCCCCCAUGGAGACCAGGGGAACUGCAGCUGUGACAGCGCCCCCCAUGGAGACCAGGGGAACUGCAGCUGUGACAGCCCCCCCCCAUGGAGACCAGGGGAACUGCAGCUGUGACAGCCCCCCCCCCCAUGGAGACCAGGGGAACUGCAGCUGUGACAGCCCCCCCCCCCCCCAUGGAGCCCAGAAGUUCAUGUUGGUGUUGAAUCUGUUUGUGUUGAAUCAUUGAACUGACAUUGGAAUGUUGGUUUGAUUUUUCAUUUGCUGUAAUAAUUGUGUUAAAUUUCACACCCACUCUAGGAUGAAUGAACAGUUUGACAAUAAAACACAUGAAUAAACUGAACCAG